AUGCCUUCCCAGAAACCCAAAGUCCAAGUUCUCCUCUCCGUGGAUUUCGAUGCCGUCUCGGGCUUUCUAGGCACUGGUGCUUCGGAUACAACGAAUCUGGCCGAUUACAGCAGUGGCUUUUUCGCAGCUCAAGUGGGCGUGCCACGCUUAUUGCGCCUCUUUAAGAAACAUGGAAUUAGUUCCUCGGUGACUUGGUUUGUGCCCGGUCAUUCAAUGGAAUCAUUCCCACAAGAGACCACAGCCAUUGUUCAGUCGGGCGCCGAAAUCGGUUGCCAUGGAUAUGCGCACGAGGGCACCAGUCAAAUGACCGAAUGUCAGGAGAGAGAAGUGAUUGCCAAAUGUGUACAGUUGGCAACCGCCUUGACCGGAAAGAAACCUCGAGGAUGGAGGGCGCCAUUGUAUCAGUUGCGAACUCACACCAUUCAAGUCUUGGAAGAGUUUGGAUUUUUAUACGGUCUGCUUACUUGGUUCAUAUGUGUCUCCCCAGAAACAAAAAUAACUAAAAUCAGACCAGAUUCAUCUCUGACGCAUCAUGAUUCGUCGUUGUACUUCGUCCCUCGCAUGUCAGAGCCUACGGCCAUUGAUUUUUCGCCUUCCAAGUCCGCUUCUGCGUGGAUGAAGCCCCUCCCUGCCCCUGCAGCCAGAACUUCCCAGACUUUGGUUGAAAUUCCGUGCAAUUGGUAUAUGGAGGACAUGACCCCACUUCAGUUCCUACCCGGCAGUCCGAAUUCGCAUGGCUUCGUCAGUCCGAUCAUCAUUGAACAAAAUUGGAGGGCGAGGUUUGAGUUCCUCUUCAAUGAGGCUGUCGAAAAAUCCCUUGAGGCAGAUUCUGAGCCAGGUUUUGUCUUUCCUUUGGUCCUACACCCAGAUACUAGUGGAAUGGCUCAUGUGGUUGGAAUGAUUGAUCGAAUGAUUUCGUGGCUGAAAGAGCAGGGAGAUGAGGUUGAAUUUGUGACAUUUGGCGAUUGUGCGGCAGAAUGGAAGAAGAAUCAAGAUUAG